AUGCCACCCUCAACAUCCCAUCCCCACAUCCAACGAAAAGACUCAACAACAUCCAGCACCACCGGCACAACUAGCACAACCGCCACCAACAACCGCCACCGCUCCCACAAAGGCUGCUGGACCUGCAAACGCAAACGUAUCCAAUGCGACGAAGCACACCCCGCCUGCUCAAGAUGCACUUCUCGCGGCGUCCUCUGCGAAGGUUACGAGAUUCGACUUCGCUGGGGCGCAGGCAUCGCGUCACGAGGCCGAUUCAACGGAGCGGAAAAGCCCAGCGAGGAAUCCAUCCCGCCGCCGUCGAGGAGGAGGUGGGAUUUGAGAGAGAAGAGUCGACGCGCGAGUGGAAGUGGAUGUGGAGGGAACGAGAUGAGUAAGAGUGGCAAUGGACAGGGACAGCCGGUAUUAUUGGCGGUGGAUACUGAGACAAUAUCGAGGUCGAGGUUGGAAUCGGGCUCGGCUUCGUUUCCGUGUUUUGAUCGGGCAGAGAAGGACAGAAGACGAGCCUCCUCAUUCUCCGUCUCUCAUCAAGAACAAGAACACUCACCCGACUCGUUACACUUUCUCUCCUAUCCAGCCCAAAUAACCCUAUAUAGCGAGCGCCGAACCGUCAAUAUUCUCAACGAGCCUGUAGGUGACUUUUCAGGCGACUUUCUCAACGUCACAAAACAUUUCCAAUUGCCUGUAUCAACGAGGAUAAUCUCACAGUCCGCGACCGAACAACAUCAACAUCAACAUCAACAUCAACAUCGAUACCAUCGGUGUCUGGAAGACCUUCAGCCAACACUGCACGUGGAUGUGCAUGCUACGAAUCAUCCUCCUAGUGCGUCUCUGGGCGGUGGCGGUGGAAGGCCCGGGAUAUUUGCUUGA